AUGAGUGAUGGAAUUGUCAUAACUCAAUCCAAGUAUGCAAAAAACCUUGUCAAACGUUUUGGUUUGGAAUCUGCAAAAACUGUUAGAACUCCUAUGGGAACGAACGACAAACUGUCGCGACAGUUGGAUGCAACCUCUGCUUUAGCGAUGCUGAUUGGGCAGGUGAUGCAGAUGAUCGAAAAAGCACAACUGGAGGAUGCUUCUAUCUUGGGAACAAUCUCGUGUCCUGGUACAGCAAAAAAUAGAAUAGUAUCUCGCUUUCCACUGCCGAAUCGGAAUAUAUCGCCGCAGCAAACCCCCAAAUUUGCACUCAAAUCAAAGGAAAUCAAGAGCACAGUUAUGGGGAAACGAAAAUGCACCGGUGGAUCGUCUUCUUCGUCCAAACGACGACCCUCUCGACCAGCGACCACAUCGCCAGCGACUUCAGUGCCGCCUCGCCGUUCUGGUCACCGAUCUGCAUUCGGGGAGCCGCCGGAUGCCGUGCCUCUCGCCUUUUGGGAGCCCCCACUCCUUCUCACGGCCGCCUCCGCUGAAAAUUUUGGCAAUCUGCCAGUUGUUUUGGCUCCUAGGGUUUCUCCACCGUCGUCGCCGCCAGUGACGCCACCGUCACCAUUCACCUAUUCUCCACCUUCUCCUCCGCUGCCACACCCGCCGGUUUCUCAAUCGUCUCCACCACCAGUUGAACCGCCAUCGCCGCCACAGUCACCAACCGCACCGGCCUCACCCCCACCGCCGCCAUCCUCGUCGGUCAACAAAGGCAAGGGCCCUGCCCCCACACCACCGCCACCCCGUCGCUCUCUUCGCCACACUACUUACUCUGCCUCGCCGUCCGUUACUCCCACCACCGCUGAUAACUCUGCACCAGCUACUGUGGUGCCUAUCUCUGCUGUCGAUGCUUUCAAUUCUCGCUUCUUUAUCCGAGCGCAUCAAAUCCGGUGGCGUCUGGUAAGUCAACGAGCUCUUGUCUCCGAACGUCCCUUAGGUCCCUCGUUUGAUGAUUUUGGUAUUUCUGAUUUACUCCGUCGUGCUGGUAUUUUUGCCACUGUGACUCGAAUAUCUCACUUUGAAAGUCAAGUGGUUCAUGAUUUUUAUGCCAACCUAACUAGUGGAGUCUCUGAUAGUCGAAGUCGUUUUUACGAACGGGUUUAUGUUUUUAAUCGAGUCUACGAGUUCAAUCCUACUCGUAUUGCAUCUCUCUUUGAUCUGUCAACAGUUGGAACUGUGGCUCCGACAGUUGCUGACUCUGACUUGAUAUCCACGCUUACUGGAGGCAAGCUGAGCACAUGGCCUCUCAAGACGACUGAUCUUACCAUGAAGUACCGUCUCUUAUUUGGUAUUGGAACUACAAAUUGGUUCCCCACUGCUUACCACGGUACUCUGACUCGAAGAAGGGGACUUCUACUGUACUACAUUGGCAGUGGAAUCCCAUGUGAUCUCGCGCAAUUUAUUUUUGAAGAGAUCGUGGCCGAAGCCGACUCUCAGUCUACCGCCUACUCUCUCCCGUUUCCUUCAUUGAUCUACCGUUUGAUGAGUGACCAAGGCUACGUCAGAAAUCGGAAGCACGCAGUUCCGUCUCUCCCACUUCCUCUCUCUGUCUCUUCGAAGAUAGUGGACCCUCAGUCCGAUUCUCGCCGUGUGCCCCGCGUGGAUGACUUGCCGUGCCGUCCAUCUCCUUCUUCCGGUUGCCAGGGUGCUCCUUCCGCUACCGCUCCUUUACUGUCGGAUUUUAUCUCCCACCUCUCGUCUGAAUAUGAGGCUGUGGUAGCUCAAAGGGGGAGAUUUUUCAGGGGAGUUGGCAACGAAGCAUCACAUCAGGAGGUAUCUCGUACAGGGGGAGUUGCUGCUGCUGCUGGAUCUACUAAUCCAACUGUUGUUCCAACUGCUCCAACAGUUGAUGAUGCAACAGCUGAGGCUGAUACGGAUGAUGAAGGGGAGCUGUUCGUUGAUGCUGAGGAUAUUCUGGACUAA